GUGCGUUAGUUGUAAUUUUAUGUUAGUGAGGUUUGCUAUUAUUUUGUGUGUGUUUUUUUAUGGAUAUUUUACUGAAAAACCUUUAGUGCAUAGAAACUAAAAUGUCAAAGAGAUCUAAGCUUAUGGUCAAAUUGGCCAGAGAAUAUCUUUCUUUAAAAAAUCAUAAUGUGCUACGUGACUUAAGACCUUGCAGUACAACAAACUUAGAAAACAGUUGUCUAGUAAAUGAAGAAUAUUAAUUGGGGUUCUUGCGAUUGCCUACAGAAGAUUUUCGGAUCGAGCCGUAUAUCGAUAAUAACGAGGAUAAUAAUAUCGAUUCUAAAAUGGAUUUAGAGAGAGAGUUCGAGAUUCCUGGUCAUAAAGUAAUUAAUCCUCAAAAAGCCAUCCCUGAUAAUCGCGUGUGUCAUAACCAUAACGUAGUACUAGCAUCAUAUGACGAAUCGGACAACUACAACAUUACUAGAGAAAUUGUUGAAAUCAACGAACCACAAAGUGACGAAUUAUCAAUACUAAAAGAAAAUAAUGAUAGAAAUGAAAUUAAAGGAUCGAUAGAACAGAAGCCAAAAGAACUACAAAUACUGGAAGAAAACAGAAAUAUAAUUGAAAAUGGUGAACAGAAAGAACAGGAGCCGGACGAACUACAAGAAAAAUAUACAAAAAAAGAAACGAUUAGAAAAAGGAAAAAAUUCAAAGAAAUUAAAUCAGAAAGAUUAAAAGCGUAUAAAGAAAGCAUUAAAAAUAAACAUCAGGUGACAAAAAUAAAUGUAAAAAACAAUGAACAAUGUUUACCCAGCUUGGUCACGAGGAAUGUGAACUCUGCGAAGAAUUUAAACUUCACAAUCCGCAACACAAUUCUGAAUCACUUAAACUGGACUGUGAAAAUUGUGAUAAAUGGAAUACACAUAUUCUUCAAGCCAAACGAUCAAGGGAAUUGUAUCCACAAGACUGUGAAAAACCAGAGACAAAUACCACUUUAAGAGUCUCAGUUGACUUACAAAAAAUAAUAAUGUUACCCAGGAUUGAGAUGUUUAAAAAGGCUAUAUUUUCCCAGAGAUUAAUUGCAUAUAAUGAAAGUUUUGUCCCGAUAGGUAAAAAAAAGGAAACAAUCAUCACAUGCUGUACUUUGGCAUGAAGCUGUGUCCGGUCGGUCUAAAGAAAACAUUAUAAGUUGUUUUUAUUCCUUUUUCUUGCAUAAUAGAUAUUAUAAAAACUUUGUUAUUUGGCUUGAUAAUUGUGCAUCCCAGAACAAAAACUACGCUUUCUUUACUUUUCUUAUUUUUCUAGUUAAUUCGGAACAGAUUGCCGCAGAACAAAUUGUGCUCAAAUAUUUUGAGACUGGACACACCUUCAUGUCAGCGGAUAGCUUCCCCCAUCAGGUGGAGCUUUCACUGAAACGUCAAAAAAAAAACAUACGAUUUCCAAGAUUUUAUAAGAGCAGUUGAAAUAGCCAAUUCUGGUCGGGUAACUGUAAAAUCAAUUAAUCCAACAGAUUUUUAUUUGUGGCCAGAUUUUGCAUCACAACAAAAGCUUAGAAAAACGAAUCCCCGUCCAUAUUUGAGUAAUAUUACAUAAAUAAUUGCCAGAAAAGGCCAAUUUAAACUUCAGUAUAUUUCAUCAAAGGACAACAAUUUGCAUGAGCUAGAUUUUUUGCAAAAUAGUAAAAUUAAGAUCGGUAUAACUUUACCAGGUUUUCAAAAAGAACCAAGAGGCGUGACAAAAGAAAAAAAGGAAAAUAUAUUAAAAAAUUUAAAGAGUAUAAUUCCAAAAGAGCGUUUUCACUUAUGGGAAAAUCUACCUUGUAAGAGAUAAAUUUAAGAUUUUGACAUCUUUCAAAAUCAUUGUUUUUUGUACCACAAAGGUGUGUUGUUUUUUUGUUAAAAUAUUGAUUUGUAAUAUUAUUUGUAUCGGUUUAUUAUUAUGUAACAAUAUUUGUAAUAAUUGUAAAUAUCAGCCUCAUUUGUAAUACUGAAAUGUGAUGGAGUACCUAUUAAUAUAAUCAAUAUUUUAAUUUGUAACUUUGAAAUGUUACUGAAAUAAGAAUAAAUGUUUUCUUUAGUAACCAGUUUUUUACUUAAUUUCAGUGCCCCAAAUGAAAA